AGCCGCCAAACACAUUUAUGGUGUUCAGGAAAAAACAAGCACCAAUUGUUGCGGCUGAGCUACCCAACAGUAACAGCGCACAAGUGAAUGCUGUUGUGGGGCAGAAGUGGAAGGCGCUGUCCAAAGAGGAACAGUCCAAGUAUUAUGAGGAAGCUCACAUGAAGAAUCUGCUCCACAUAAUGGAACACCCCGACUGGUCCUCCAGGGACAAUUACGGCAAAAAGAGAAAGAGAAAGAGAGUGAGGAAGGCUCCCACCAGGCCUGAAGCAUCUACAUCUAAACCAGAGGAGGUCACACAACAGACCAAACAGCAGUGUGUGACAUCUAUGCAGGCGCCAUUGGUGGAGCCAUCAUCCUCCCAGCCAGGUGUGAUAAAGGAGCCAUCUACAAUCAUAGUCCUGAUGACGGAGGCUCCUCUAGCAACAGCAUCUGAACCCUCCCCUAACACUGGAACAGUGGACUGGUUGAGCAAGUUUGGCUACCUCCCACCCCCUGACCCAGUGACUGGUCAGCUUCAGACCAAGGAGGCUUUGACCAAGGCCAUCAAAGCCAUGCAGAAGUUUGGAGGGCUGAAGGAAACCGGAGUCUUCGACCAAGCCACACUGGGUCUAAUGAAAACACCCAGAUGUUCUCUGCCAGAUGUGUCUGAGACCGAGGCCACAAUGAGCCGCAGGAAACGAAGCCUCACUCCUCAGAACAAAUGGAAUAAGAGGCAUCUAUCCUGGAGAGUGAGGACGUUCCCUAAGGAUUCAGCCUUACUGGGCAGGGACACUGUUCGAGCACUGAUGUACUACGCCUUGAAGGUCUGGAGUGACAUUGCGCCACUUAACUUCCACGAGGUGGCCGGAAGUGAUGCAGACAUUCAAAUCGACUUCACAAAGGCCGACCACAAUGAUGGCUAUCCUUUUGACGGACCGGGGGGCACUGUGGCGCACGCAUUUUUCCCCGGAGAGAGGUUCACAGCUGGGGAUACACACUUUGAUGAUGACGAGGCCUGGACCUUCAGAUCACCAGACUCACAUGGGAUGGAUCUGUUUGCGGUCGCAGUUCAUGAGUUCGGUCAUGCCAUCGGGCUGGUUCACACCUCAGCCAUCGAGUCCAUCAUGAGACCAUACUACCAGGGUCCUGUAGGAGACCCUCUGAAGUACGACCUACCCUAUGAAGACAAGGUCCGCGUCUGGCAGCUCUACGGUGUCAGAGACUCAGUGUCCCACACAAAUCACCCGGGCAACCCCUCCCAGACAGCUGAGCCUCCUGUCCUGUUGGACCUUCCUGAAAACAGAUCUACUGUCCUGCUGUCGCGAGAUGCCCCAGACAGAUGCACCAGUCACUUUGAUGCGGUGGCCCAGAUACGAGGGGAGGCCUUCUUUUUCAAAGGGACGUACUUCUGGCGACUAACUCGAGAGAAGCACUUGGUGUCUCUGUGGCCGGCCCAGAUCAGUCGCUUCUGGAGGGGCCUGCCAACCAAUCUAGACAGUGUGGAUGCCGUGUAUGAGAGACCUGGGGACCACAAAAUAGUCUUUUUCAAAGGGCUAAAAUACUGGGUGUUUAAAGACAAUAUCGUGGAAGAAGGUUACCCUCGCCCAAUCAGUGACUUUGGUCUACCUUUGGAGGGCAUAGAUGCAGCCUUUGUUUGGCUACACAAUGACAAAACCUACUUCUUCAAAGACAACCGCUACUGGCGCUAUGAUGACCACCUAAGACGUAUGGACCUGGGCUAUCCUAAAGACAGUGCACUUUGGAAGGGGCUCCCUUCACAACCAGAUGACGCCAUGAGGUGGUCUGAUGGCUCAUCCUAUUUCUUCAAGGGGAAGGAGUACUGGCGAGUGCCAGGCAGUGACAUGGAGGUGGAGGCAGGAUACCCCCGCCUCAUCGCUAAAGACUGGCUACUGUGCACUGAGAUGCAGUCGGACUCUCCAGACACUGAGCCCAAAAGCACGGAGACAAGAAUCAAUGUGCACCAUCGCCCAGCCCACGCAGAGAAUGGGUACGAGGUGUGCUCCUGUACCUCUGACACUGCCUCGCCUUUAGGUGCUCGCCCUGCCCCGUCUCCCAUCUGGCUGUUGCCACCUCUCUGGAUGCUGUCUCUGGCCCUCUGCACUGAACUGUCAUGAUGCCAAAGCAAAGGGCAAUGUUUUUAAACUGGGUGCAAAAGAGAGACUCAUUAGUGGAAGGCCAGUGGACACACAGCCAAUCCAACAACUGGAAUAUUUUUGUUCUUAUAUAAUUUGGUAUCUUUUUGCUCUACUUUUGCUGUUAUUUAUUUUACAAUUCAUUUGGUGGACUCUGGCAACUAAAGUAGUCAUCAUUAUAGGCAUCAGCCCAGUCACAAUGCUUUUUUAUUGAAUAGUCAAACUGCCUCCACUUUGAAAAAGGUUAUUCAGUAGUAAUGUAUUUCAAGAGUAAGAGCGAUUAUGUCUCCACAUUAGCAUACAUUACAUACAGACAGGUAAAAGGCAUCCUGGGAUGUAGGCAGGUGCAAAGGUGAAUGACAUGCACACCCUGUUGCCAAUUUUAUGAAAUUAGAGCAGAUGUUUUAUUACAGGGUCAGUUCAACAAAAUUAGCUCAAAAUGUGUUAGAAUUUUCCACACUUAACUCUAUCUACCCAUGCAGAUUUUUACGUGGUAGUUUCUGCCUCCACCCCACAACACACUGAAAAAUAACUUUAGAAACUUUCAGCAUGUGUUUGCAAAAAUAAUGUCAGGAUGGCUCAAGAUCAUUUUUCAAUGCUGCACACACCACAAUUUCCAUUUGUCUGUGCAGAUUCUCAGUCAUCCAGGCCAUAGUAAACCGAAAUAACCUUAGAAAAAAUCA